ACACCUCCUCCCAAUAAACAACAAUGGAUCUCCUCCUCCUCUUCACCGCACCCUCCCCUCCUCUCCUCAGCCCUAUCUCACGCUUCCCUCUCCGGCGAACUUUUCCGGCGAAGAUCGGGUAUAAAGGCAGCACCUUGGCCGCCGCGCCGGCGGUUACGGCAAGACGGAGAAUGGUGGUGAUGGCCAAAUACCGGCCGAAGGAGGAGGAGCACUUGCCGGAAGUGGAGAAAGAUGAGAACUUGGAGGCGGAGGAGGAGAGAUUGACGCCGGAGGAGUUGGAGAAGAUUGCGGCGGCGAUGAUGGAUGGGGAGGAUGAAGGGCGUACGCCGUUGGAUUAUGAUCGGAGGGCUAGGAUCUUUCAUGAGAGUUCUCUAGUCUUCAGGGAAGUUAAUAGGGAUUAUUGAAUAUUAGGGCUGAGCUGUUUAGAUGAAACAGUGCUUUAAUGGGGAUUAAAGCCGCUAAAUUUGUUUUGUUUCUUAUAUUUCAGAGUAGCGCCGCGCAACUCGUGCGGUGUUUGGUAGCACCUUUGAAUUUGAUUUAUUAUGGAGUUUUUGAAAUUCAACCAAACAUAAAAGUGUGUUUUAAUUAUC